UUGCAGGUACUCCUAUCCGCGGGCACAGACACGUCAGCCCUAACAACUGAAUGGGCGCUAGCACUUCUCCUCCGCAACCCGACUGCCCUCUCAAAAACCCGCGCAGAGCUCGACUGUCAUAUUGGCACUCGCCGCCUGAUAACUGAAACCGACCUCCCCAAUCUCCCCUACCUCCGAUCCGUCAUCAAAGAGGCCCUCCGCCUCCACCCCGUAGCGGCGCUCAUCCCCGCGCACGAAUCCAACGAAGACUGCACCAUCGAGGGUUUCCACGUGCCGAAAGGUGUGAUGUUGCUCGUGAACUUGUGGGCGAUUAACAGAGAUCCGUCGCUGUGGGAUGAGGCGGAGGAAUUCAGGCCGGAGAGAUGGGAGGGAGGAGAAGGGAUGAAGGGAAAACAGGGGAAGGUUUUCUUCUUUGGGAUGGGAAGGCGGGGGUGUCCUGGAGAAGGGUUAGCUAUGCGGGUUAUGGGGUUGGCUUUGGGGGCGUUGAUACAGAGUUUUGAGUUGGAUGCUGAUGGGGUUGGUGUGGAGGUGGAUCUGGCGGAAGGGAGUGGAGGGCUUUUGAUGCCGAUGGCGAAGCCGUUGAGGAUGUUCUGUAAGAAGAGAGAGGUUGUGGAUCAACUAGGGUUGGGGAUGUGAUUAGUUGGGGCGUAAAGGGAGGCCGGAUAAGGGACGAGUUGAGCUCAUGUUCGUGUUUGGCUCAAGUGAAAUUGUUGGUGAAAUUUGUGUUGAUGUUUAGUCCGAUUUAUUUGAAUGU